AUGUUGUCGGAGGGGGCGGAGCCUGAGCUGAUGGAGAAAUACCAGAUGGUCAAAGUGGUCGGGCGCGGGGCCUUCGGCAUCGUCCAUUUGUGUCUGCGCAGGAGCGACCAGAAGCUGGUGAUCCUGAAGCAGAUCCCGGUGGAGCAGAUGACCAAGGACGAGAGACUGGCUGCUCAGAACGAAUGCCAGGUCCUCAAACUCCUCAACCACCCCAACAUCAUAGAAUACUACGAGAACUUCCUGGAGGACAAGGCACUCAUGAUAGCCAUGGAAUACGCCCCAGGUGGUACUUUGGCUGAGUACAUCCAGAAGCGUAACUCGCUGCUGGACGAGGACACCAUCAUGCACUUCUUCGCCCAGAUCCUUUUGGCCCUUCACCACGUGCACAACAAGCUGAUCCUGCACCGGGAUCUGAAGACCCAGAACAUCCUGCUCGACAAACACCAAAUGAUCGUGAAAAUCGGGGACUUUGGCAUCUCCAAGAUCCUAAGUAGCAAAAGCAAAGCCUACACGGUGGUUGGCACUCCGUGUUACAUCUCUCCGGAGCUGUGUGAAGGCAAGCCGUACAACCAGAAGAGUGACAUCUGGGCACUGGGCUGUGUUUUAUAUGAGCUGGCCAGCCUGAAGAGAGCAUUUGAAGCUGCUAACCUCCCAGCACUGGUGCUGAAGAUAAUGAGCGGUACUUUCGCCCCGAUAUCUGACCAGUACAGUCCUGAGCUGCGGCAGCUCAUUCUGAGCAUGUUGAGCCUGGACCCUUCAAAACGCCCCCAGUUAAAUGAGAUCAUGGCUCAGCCUAUCUGCAUCAGGGCCCUGAUGAACCUAUACACGGAUAUUGGCAGCGUCAAAAUGAGGAGAAUCGAAAAGCCAUUAGCAACAGUAGCAUCUGCUUCGCACAGACAGACUGGUGACAGGGUCAGCACUGCCAGGUCAAGAGGCGGCUUCCACGCCAACUCGAGUCUGGCUAAGGCCGGAAUCCCUCCCCCGCUCUCCAUUGUGUACACCUGGGGAGGGGGAAUCCUCUCGCCCCUCAGACUCCCAAUGCUCAACACUGAGGUGAUGCAAGUCUCUGCUGGGCGAACCCAGAAAGCAGGGGUGACCAGGUCCGGGCGACUUAUCAUGUGGGAGGCUGCUCCGAUGGGUGCAAACUCCUCACUUCCGGGUUCCACGGAGCAGAUUCAGCCGCAGUUUAUCUCCAGGUUCCUGGAGGGUCAGUCGGGAGUGGCGAUCAAGCAUGUUUCAUGCGGAGAUCUUUUCACAGCUUGUCUCACAGACAGGGGCAUAAUAAUGACCUUUGGCAGUGGGAGUAAUGGAUGUCUGGGUCAUGGCACUUUCAACGAUGUCACCCAGCCCAAGAUUGUGGAGGCCUUGCUGGGUUAUGAGAUUGCUCAGGUGUCGUGUGGGGCAUCCCACGUUCUAGCAGUGACCAAUGACCGAGAGGUGUUCUCAUGGGGAAGAGGAGACAACGGUCGGCUCAGCUUGGGAUCCCAGGAGUCGCAUAACGCUCCCCAGGAGGUGACGUUCCCUUCAGAACACGAGGCUCGGAAAGUUGUGUGCGGGAUUGACUGCUCGCUGAUUCUCACCUGCGGGAAUCACCUCAUAGCCUGCGGCAGCAAUAGGUUCAACAAACUGGGCCUGGACGAGGUAACUGGUGGUCAAGACCUUCUCCCCGUCAGUCAAGUGGAAGAGGUUCAUGCUUUUACUCCUGUCCAUUCGUACCCGCUCAACGAAGGGCAUAUUGUCCACGUGGAUGUGGGGACGGCCCACUCCGCAGCGAUCACAGAGAAUGGUGAAUGUUACACCUUUGGCAGUAACCAACAUGGGCAGCUGGGCACCAGCACACGGCAGAAUAACCGUGCCCCUUACCUGGUCUCCGACCUGCACGGGGUGAAGGUCACCAUGGUAGCUUGUGGCGAUGCUUUCACGGUGACGAUCGGAGCAGAGGGUGAAGUUUACACGUGGGGGAAGGGGGCCAGAGGAAGACUGGGAAGGAAAGAGGAAGGUCCUGGGAUAUCUAAACAAGUCCAGCUGGAUGAAAACAACCCCUACGUUGUCACCUCCGUUGCAUGUUGUCAUGGAAAUACCCUGUUGGCAAUCAAACCCCUGGGAGAUGAAUCCAGCCCAAGGUGACUUGGAAGAAUUCUGCUGUUUCGGAAAAAGAAACCUGCCAAUAUCUGGGCAAAGCCGAGAGAGAAGGUGACCGAGUUCAAGGGACUAACAUAUCAGCUUUGUGUCAAUUUGACGACGCACUUGGAUUAAAAAGUGCUGAAUAGCUGGUAUUAACAAGACCAGGCAAGGAGCAGUCAAGGAUUCCCAUCAUUUCUUUUUUUUAAUACAACACUCCCAUAUUUUAACGGUGCAUAACUUUCAACCGAUGUUGAGUACAUGUUGUCUAGUGGGUCUUGAUGAGAUGGUUAGAUCCUCGAUAAUGUCUUCGGCUGGCAGGGGUCUUGAGUUGUAUCAUUGAUGCAUCGGAGUAUUAGCGAACCUGGGACUGCAAAAGCAGGUCAUGUUUGGCUCUCAGUACUGUGCGAGUAAGAUGGAGAAAUAACUACAGCCACAUCUGGGUUAACAGUGUCAGGCAUUCAGCUCAGCAAGCAGCCUGUGACAUGUAAUAUGGGAGCGGAGGAAGUAACUGCAAAUUACAUCUUGCGCAGACAUUUAUAAUGUUCCACGGUUUUAUUAUGACAUUUUCUGGGACUUUUUCCAAAGCCGUCUCACUUUUGUUUUUUGGGGGCUGCUAAUUUGGGCUGAAAAUUCUGAUACUUUUCACAGCUGCCGCGAACGAACGGAAAGAUAGUGAAAUAUUGUACGGCCUCUGUGGCUAACAGCCUGCCCUGCCCUGCCCUCAGCCCCACAACCCCCACCGUUCUGUGUAAACUCGUCUCGGUUUUUAAUGGGACGCUUUCUGUUGGGAGUUUAAUGCAUUCACGUUUAGUUGAGGGGAAAGGUACCUCAGUGCCUCCUUGUUUAAACCCCUACUAUCAGCCAUUCUGUCUUUGCUCACUGAGGCUUCAUCCCAGAGUCCCUGUGCCUUGUUCCUUACAUCGCUUCAAAAACCUGCCUCGACUCCUGUCUGCUGCAAUUUUUCUCUUCCAACCCCCAUCCCCCAGAUAAAAUUGGUCGUUUACUUCAUGGCUGUUUGUGGGAGAUUGCUCCGUGCAAAUUGUCUGCUAUGUUACAAAUAUACAAGACGUUUUGACAGGGUGAUAAGGCGCUGUAUCAAAUGCAAUGAUUAUUAUUAUUAAUAAACCAAACAAAUUGACUCUUUAGCGAAGAAAUGCAGGUACCGGAGGGGAGGGUGAAGAAGAUUAGUCUUUUAGCUGAUAUAUAGGGGUGCUUGGAUCUGUCGGAUUUGAACCCAUUUUGUUAUCCUUGUUCCCGAGCCCUAGGACAGUAAUAUAUCUCUUUUGUAUUGUCACCGAGGUAAUAGCUUUCUGGUUUUAUCACCUGAGCAAGUUGUGGGCAUGUGUGGCGCUGUUCCACUCAGGGAGUGCGCUGUGUGCUUGAAUGCACUGAUAUCAAAGUGCAGGAAUCGAUGUGACGCUUCAGAUAAUGCAUCGAUUUGUCUUGGGCGAUCUGUGCGUAACUCGCGAGACCGCGCGCAUUCCCCGUGCAAUAAAUUGACAACGCAAAAGCGGCUCAUAUUAACCCCCCCGACACAGUUACUGUACGCCAUAGGCCCCCGCAUUUCGCCCACAAAAUACGGGGUCAAUCAAUCUACUUU